AUGUUUUGGAUGAUGGUCGUGGCCCGGGGCGUGGCUGGCUUUGGCGCAGGAUGUGAAUAUCCUGUCUGUACCACGAAUGCAACCGAGGCAGCCGACGAGACGGUCUAUCUGCGCAGGAAGAGAGGGUUUCCGGUGGCCUCGACGACGGACCUUGCGGUUGAUCAUGCGAUAAUCAACCUAUUCUAUCUUCCAGGCUGCCUGAUCGGAGGUCUGCUGAUGUACCGCAUCGGCCGCAAACAAACCAUGACCCUGGGCUUUGUCUUAUGGGCCAUCUGGGGAUUUAUCCUCGGAGGUACCUUGCAGCCAGUUCAGUCCAUCUUACCCCUUUUCGUCAUGAUGUACGGGAUCUUCAACGUAUUGGGCGAGAUGGGCCCGGGGAUUUCCACCUUCCUCUGUGCGGCGGAGUCAUUCCCCACUCCGCUGCGCGGGCACUUCCUGGGUCUGGCCGCCGCGGUGGGGAAGGCGGGCGGCUCGAUUGGCACCGAGGACGACACCAACUACAGAACAUAG